UUAUGUUGCCAAAUUUUUCAGACAAAUGUAAAUGCUCAAGAAGUUGUAGGUUACUAGUCAACGAUAACGAUUGUGUAAUAGAAAAUACAUGUGUCAUGUUGCGUGAUUGACAAUAAGUGGAAGUGGAAAUGAUAAAAAAGUUAAAAGUCAGCUUGGAUAAACUUAUUUACUAAAUUACGGCAUACUGGAAUUAUAACCCAAGCGUCAUGUACCACUUUGGAAAGGUCAACCGCCCGAUAUUUUGCAGGGGUCCAUUAACUUUAUGCAUCCGAGAAUCUCAUCACUCUACAUCGCAAGUCAACAGGAUCAACAAAAUUCUAAUAGCGAACAGAGGAGAGAUAGCAUGUCGUAUAACAAAAACUGCCAAGAAACUUGGUGUAAAAACUGUAGCUGUAUACAGCGAAGUGGACAGAAAUUCUAUGCAUGUGGAACAAGCUGAUGAAGCUUACUACAUCGGACCUGCACAAUCUAGUCAGAGUUAUUUACGUCAGGAUAAAAUUAUAUCAGUUGCCAAACAAGCCAAGUGCCAAGCUAUACAUCCAGGGUAUGGAUUUCUUUCAGAGAAUACAGAAUUUGCAGAAUUAUGUCAGCGGGAAAAUAUCAUAUUUAUUGGUCCACCAGCAAGCGCAAUCAGAGAUAUGGGUAUAAAGAAUACUUCAAAAAUUAUUAUGACAAAAGCUGGAGUUCCUAUCAUAGAAGGAUAUCAUGGGGAGGAUCAGACAAAUGAAACACUAUUAACAGAAGCCAAAAAGAUUGGAUUUCCAAUAAUGAUUAAAGCUGUACGUGGUGGUGGUGGGAAAGGUAUGAGGAUCUGUCUGAAGGAAUCUGAUUUUAUCGAAGCAUUGGAAUCUGCAAGAACCGAAUCCGAAAAAGCAUUCGGGGAUUCGGCAGUGCUCUUAGAAAAAUAUGUUGCCGAACCUAGACACGUGGAAGUGCAGAUUUUUGCUGAUAAACAUGGAAAUGGUGUUUAUUUGUUCGAAAGAGACUGCUCCAUACAAAGGAGACAUCAAAAAGUGAUUGAAGAGGCGCCUGCUCCUGGUAUUUCCCAGAAACUGAGGCAAGAGUUGGGAGAAGCGGCUGUGCGUGCUGCUAAAGCUGUAGGAUAUGUUGGUGCUGGUACAGUGGAAUUUAUAAUGGAUCGGAAUAAUCACAGUUUUUACUUUAUGGAGAUGAAUACGCGUCUCCAAGUGGAACAUCCUGUUACCGAGGCAAUCACCGGCUUGGAUUUGGUGGAAUGGCAACUGAGAGUAGCUAGUGGUAAAGAACUUCCACUCAAACAAGAACAGAUCGGUCUCAACGGUCACGCUUUUGAAGCGAGAAUUUAUGCUGAGAAUCCAAGGAAUGGUUUCUUACCAGGAGCUGGUGAACUUUUAUAUUUGAAGCCCCCUCGAAUAACAGACAAUGUCAGAGUUGAAACCGGAGUUCGACAAAAUGACGAAGUAUCUGUGCAUUAUGAUCCAAUGAUAGCAAAAUUAGUGGUUUGGGGGAAAGAUAGGCUCGAAGCUGUCAAUGUACUUCGAUCAAAGCUCAGUGAAUAUAAUAUUGCUGGUUUGGAUACAAAUAUAGAAUUUAUCAAGGAUCUUUGUGCUCAUCCUAAAUUUCAAAAUGGCGAAGUACACACAGGAUUCAUCGAGGAGAAUUUUGAGCAGCUAUUUCCUAAAUUAUGUAUACCUAAUCAAGUACUGAUUCAAGGUGCUCUCGCUUGUAUAUUACAUGAAGAUGUAGAUUCAUUAAGUGCAGCAUUAGAAACAAAAGAUCCCUUCAGUCCAUUUGCUAUAGAAACUGGAUUCAGAUUAAAUCAUACAUUACAGCAUACAUUUCAUUUCAAUGUCGGAAAUGAAAAUAAUAUAGUGGAAGUAAAGUAUCCUGAACCAGAUAUGUAUCUAAUGAGAGUUAAUAGAUUGGGACCAUGGAGAAAAGUGAUUGGAACUUUGAAGAAAAUAGAUGGUGCUUCAGAACUGUUUGCAGAGAUCGAUGGAAUCAUCACUAAAGUGCAGACAGUGAAACUCAAUAAUAAAUUACACAUAUUUACCAAAGAUCGUGAAUGGCAAUUGAUUAUUCCUACUCCUAAAUUUGUGACUGCACUUACGAGUCGAGUGGAACAAAAUCCAUAUACGACAUUAAGUCCAAUGCCUGGAUUAGUUGAAAAAAUCUUUGUUAAUAAGGGAGAUACAGUAAAGAAGGGCGAUUCGUUGCUAGUUAUUGUUGCUAUGAAAAUGGAGUAUGCUAUUAAAGCAUCUACAAAUGGAAUUGUGGAAGAUGUACUGUGUUCUAUAGGUGAUAAUGUUCCCAAAGAUAAGCUUCUCAUUAAAUUGACAGAAGCUAAAGUAUAAUAUAUACCAUACAAUAUACAAUAUUUUGAUAAAUAUUAAUG